AAGUGUGAAUCAGGUCUGUAUCUGGAAAGUCGUAGCUAGUUAAAGGCUCAAGUGAAAGAAAUUUUUUGCUUUCUUUUUAAAUUAUUUAAUAACAAUAAUAAUACUUAUGAUAAACUUUAUUUAUACAGCGCUUUUCUUAAAGUUACAAAAUGCUUAACAGAGAAGAAAAAAGAAUUUAAGACAAUUAUAAUCAAGAGAAAGCCAACAGAUGAUAGAUAUGUCUGUCGGUGUGUGCUAUAGUUGUGUCCUCCGGUCCAGCAGAGGGCAGAGCGGCUCUCUGUCCGCUCUCAGUCUGAACUCGUUGUCCCGGAAAACCGCCGUGUUGUUUUCUUCCUGCUGGCCGGCGGGACAAAGCUCUCCUGCGGGAUGUUUCUUGCUGGAGCCCCGCCGCGCUGCGGGCUGCGGGCCCUGACGGAGUCGGUGUCGGAGCUGCUGACCCGGGUCGGGGAGGAGGUCCUCGGGAUGCUGGAGAAGCGGAGCGGCGGCUUCGGGGGCUCCGGGGGCCGCCUGCUCCGCCUGCUGCUCACCGAGCGGCUGGCGGCGGCAGCGGAGCGGAUCGUCGGGCUGCUGGAGCGGGAGGUAGAGGAGUACCGGCGGCAGGUGGAGCGGCAGAGCCGGCUACUGGAAGCGGUGCUGAGCCCGGUGGUCCGACUGCACCGAGCAGACUCCGUCGGUUCAUCCUCUCUCCGGACAGGUGACCCUGAUGAAAGACAACCUCAGGUGUCAGAGGUUGACCCCGCCCCCCCAGCCUCGGCCCCGCCCAGCCCCAGCUCCUCAGACGUGUCAGGAGCUGACAGCGACGAGGACUGGCAAGGCAGCGAUGACUCUUCGAACGUUAAAGACACAAACAGGAUGGGGACAGACGGAGGACAGUGCUCCGCCGGUCGGAGACGUAGAGCAACGGUCUCAUCAGUGUGGCCGGCGGCUCAGCGCUGCGUCAUCUGUGGAAAAACUUUCCGCCACAAAGGAAACCUGGUGAAACAUGUGGAGAAGCACUCAGACGAGCCAGAGCAUCUCUGUGGAGUCUGCGGAGGACGCUUUAAGUCCUCAGACGGUCUGAUCGACCAUCUCAGAUCACACAGAGAGACCGCCAGCAGCGGCGGGACGUGUGAGAUCUGCAGGAAGACGUUUCAAAACAUGGAGACGCACAUGAGGAGUCACACAGGAAUCAAACCGUUCAGCUGUGACGUCUGCAACAAGAGCUUCCCCCGACCCGGAGCGCUGAGGAGGCACAAGAAGAUCCACAGCAGGAAGACGCUCGACGUCUGCCAGGUCUGUGGACAGACCUUCACCGAGAACCAGCUGCUCCAGGAUCACCUGAAGACUCACGAAGAAGAAGACAACGGAAACGGCAACGACGAGGAGGAGGAGGACGAUGCCGAUCAGUCAGAGACACUGAAACCAAAGAGAGACAAAAGACAAGCCCCCGGUCUGAAGUUGUCUCAGUCCAUCUCGCUUUGCUGCAGAGUCUGUGGAGAUUCCUUCCACAGCCGAGGAUUCUUGAGGAAACACGCCGAGACGCACUGCAGAGAGUCUCCGAGCAUCUGCGGCGUCUGUGGACAGCAGGUGGACUCGUCAGACAGUCUGCUGACUCACCUGCAGUCUCACCGAGAGACCGGCGGCACCUGCAGCAUCUGCGGUAAAGGUUUCCAGAACAUGGAGACGCACAUGCGAAGCCACACAGGCAUCAAACCGUACCGCUGUGCCAUCUGCAACAAACGCUUCCCACGAGCUGGUGCUCUGAGGCGCCACAAGAAAAUCCACACAGGAGAGCGACCAUACGUCUGCCAGCGCUGCGGGAAGACCUUCAUUGAGAGCAGUGCCCUGAAGACGCACAGCAGGAGUCACUCGUUGGAGAUCCACGAGGGCAACGAGCCACCGCCGGACUGUACAAACUCUGAGACAGAGAAAAGUCCUGCCUUCAAAGAGAAUGCCAAGACGUCCGCUCAGACGGCGUCUCACUGCUGUAAAGUCUGCAGAGAGUCUUUUCAGAAUAAAGGUAGUUUGAGGAAACAUGCUGAGAGCCACUCAGCAGAGUCUGUCUGUGGCGUCUGUGGCGAACGUUUGCUGCCAUCAGAGACGCUGACGGACCACCUGCAGACUCACAGAGACGCUGGCAAAAUCUGUCACAUCUGUGGUAAAACAUACCAGAACAUCGAGACUCACAUGAGGAGUCACACGGGCGUCAAACCAUACCGCUGCAGCAUCUGCACUAAAUCCUUCCCGCGGCCUGGUGCCCUGCGGCGCCACAAGAGGAUCCACAGUGGGGAGCGACCAUACAUCUGUGAGUUCUGCGGAAAGACGUUCAUCGACAACGGCGCUCUGACGACGCACAUCAGGAAUCACACCGGCGACAAACCAGCCAACCGCGUCUCCUGCGAGACCUGUGGGAAGAGCCUGGCAUCGGUCCAUGUCCUGGAGGUCCACAAGAGGAUCCAUACGGGCGAGAAGCCGUUCCAGUGCCGUGUCUGCGGGAAAGCCUUCAGGCAGGUAGGAGGGCUGAAUGCCCAUAUGCUGACCCACACCGGGGAAAAGCCGUUCAGCUGCAGCCUUUGCAACAAGAGCUUCAGCACCAAAGGUUACCUGGAGACGCACAUCCGCUUCCACAAGAAGGAGCGAGCGUUCAGCUGCCACCUGUGCUGGAAGGCCUUCGUCACCAAGAACGACCUGAAGAAACACCUGCUGACACACACAGGAGAGAAACCGUACAGCUGCAGAGUCUGCGGCAAGAGUUACCAGGAGAAACGCUCCAGAGACGUCCACAUGAAGGUCCACCUGGAUGUCCGGCUCAGCAAAGAGCCAAUCAGGAGGCAGGACAGUGUGCAGCCAGAUUUCAUACAGCUGUAGCGGUCAUACUGGUUCUACAAACUAGUUUGUUGGUUGUCAGCAGAGACACAAAACUGUUCAUUUCUGAAAUGACACCUGAAAUAGAAAACAAAAAGUCCACUUAAAGUUCAGUUUACUGGUCAUAAUCUGUUUCACGCAGCUUUGAUUUCUGUUUAAAAUCUUUCUUAGAAGUUCAGCAGCUUCAUGGAAGUGAAAUACAAACAAAACUUCCUGAUUUUUUUCACAGUACUGAUUUGUUUUGCUGCAGCGACAUGAACGAUGAUGUGCAAUAAAUGCUCUAAAAAUG